UUGAACAAGAUAAUAACUACUAGCGUUAGCGACAGUUUGUCAGCUUUCAGUUUGUUUACUACGAUUUCAUUAGCCAGUCUGUUACGACUUCCCUUGUAAGCAUCGAUCGCCGUAAUCAACAUCCGCUGUGAGAGAAACAUCUGAACCCAGGUUAGAAGAAAGUCGAAUUAUUAACGAAACCUAGCAUGUGUCAUGCUUUUGUAAAAGAACACAGGAUUUCUAUUUUCGCUUUGUGACAAAUUGCAGAAUUUUCUUUGAAUGAAGUAGAUUUCUCCUUUCGAUAAAAUGUCCCUAUGACAGUGUAAACGUUCGAAAUAAUUUACAUGUUUUACCCGUACACAGGUUUUGUAUUGACGAAUUUCUCUUGUUUUGGUAGAAAUGUUUGUCGUGGAACUUAGGAUACCGCGACUCACGUUGUUUACUUCCGGUAAAAGAAACAAAAUGACCGCACUGACCCCGCUUAAGCAAAAAAACAAAAUUGCAACCAAGGGCCAAGGUUUAUUGUCUGCAAUAAUUUACAUGUAGAUUUGCACUCGAUCUGCUACUAAGGUACUGAGCUCCAGGAAGUUUGUGCUGAAACUAAUAUAUUCCGCUGGCGCUAAGAAGCUUGAAUACACUUCACCGACAGAGUUAAAAAGCGACUCAGAAACGAAAGUGAGAAUUUCUCUGAAACGUCAGUCAAACCAGUAUGCAGCGUUUCUCGGAAAGGGAGGUUUGACAGUUUUCCUUGAACCGAACUUGUGCGGCCGACCCUGACCGUGAGGGAUCGCAUGUUUAUUAUUUAGUCUAGGAAAAAAUUAUUUCAGAACGUUGCCAGUUCCCAGUUCCUGUGUGAUUUCAUCGUCUUCCGUACAUUUACACCUAAAUGAGGAUCAGUUGGAGGUCUACAGACUAAACUACUUAUAUCACUCUUUGCUGUAACUCCGAAAUGCAAUUUGGAAAUCAUGUUCUCGUCAAAUCUGUUUCUCUUGUUGGUGCUAUCACUGACAGUGAAUGUUUCAGCUGGAAUUUACUUCUUUCUCGCUCCAGCGCUCGCCUUUCCUAUUUCAAAGUCAGAUAGCGAAAUCGCUAAACGGCUGAUCAAGUUCUACAAAGAAAAACCAAGACUCAUCCGAAAACUCUUCAGGGACCAAAUUUUUGCCAUCCUGCUCUUUUCCUGCGGGCUGUAUUGCUCUUCCUCGAGAGAAAUGUACGCCAAGCCUCUUCGAAACACAUCAUCGACCUUCUUGGUCAUCUUCUCCGUGUACCUUGGUAACUACGUGUUCAAGUUUUGUCAGGACUUUUUACUGAGACGCGAGCUCCCGCUAUACAAGAUCAGCUUGCUGCAUCACUUUGUGACUGCAACAACCUACGGUGUGAUAAUUGCUUACAGGCAGAACUCAAUAUCUGGCGUAGUGGGGCUUCUUUUCGAGGGAAGCGUCCUUGUUUUCGACUUGAACUCUCUGCUUCGAUUUCUGGGCGUUAGCAAAACUGGUUGGCUUGUAUUGUGCACAUCUGUGCUGCGAUUUUUUGUCACUAUUUUAUUAAGGGCGCUGUGUCCUAUCGCCUUACUCGCUAUAACUCUUUCGACUCAUACUCCUUUGUCCCUGGAAUAUGUUCCUCUCGGAUUUUUCUUUAUGAACAUCGUGUUCUUUUCCAUGAUAAAUGGAUGGCACAUCAAGAUGUCGUUUGAGGGCUUCAAAAAACGUUUGCUAGCGAGACGCCUGUCGUAUUACUACAGCAGACCGAGGGCAGCCAGUGAUGGUAUGGAGCUGAAUAAUGUUGCCUCGCUGACUCAGAUACUAACGCGCACUGCUUUACCCAUCGUUAUACCAAGCGACGCAAAUUUCAGACUUUCGUCUCCCGUAUCAAACGUGAACAUGAAUAGUGAUGAGGUAUCUAACAUUGCUGUUUCGCGACACGAACGGACAUUACCUCAAAUUAACGUCAUUAUCAACGAUACGCCAGCGUCGAAUGAACCAAUAAACCAAGUAUAAUCGAGAGAAUUCGUUAAAUUUCCUCGGGGGUGUUAUACAAGAUAACUCUACAGAUUAUGUAAAGAGUCAUCGGCCAUGCUGAUUUAUUUCGAGUCUGGAGCAAAGAAAAAAAUCGAAGCCGGUCUCGAGAAAGAUUCAAAACUUGGACCCUCUGUCCACUCAUCGAAAUUUCUUUGUCAUUAAGCCACAGAAAAGUCCCAAUUAAGCUACAUGGAACUUUUGGCCAUGAGCCGCCUUUAAUGAACCACACGUGACGUCCUCAGAUCUUGCAUGUAAAUUGCCGCACAACAAGCGCUAACUAUGAAAAAUACUUAGUUCUGAGAACCGCUCCAUGUGAGAAGCUUUCUUAUUUUAAAAUUGUAUAUAAGUAAAAAAGUACAUGUAUCAUAAAGUUAAAAUGUAUUUAGUUUAUUUUUUGCGGGCUUUACUGUUGAUGCUUGUGGAAAACGGUCAACUAGUAGUUCAUCUUCAUGAAGGAGUUAAUGAAAAUAAAAGAAAAGAUCAUUAA